UUGCAUUGCUUCUGAAGACAGAGAGAGAUUAUGCGACGAUGAGCGGGGGCGGACGAAACGUGAACGGGAACUUAAACGCGGUGUUUUAUGCGGAGGCGUAUCAUCCGAUUCAGGCGGGAAGCAUAGACGGUACUGACACACUUCCGCACGACAACGCCGUCUACCGAGCCUUCCUCUGCUCCUCCGCCGGCCUCUAUGACCCCCUGGGCGAUCCCAAGCUCCUCGGCGACCCUUUUUGCACUCUCUUUGUCGGUCACCUUUCUCAUCUCACCACCGAACGCACUCUUCGCAAGGCUAUGAGCAAGUAUGGUCGGGUCAAAAACUUGCGCUUGGUCAGGCACAUUGUAACUGGUGCCUCGCGUGGAUAUGCUUUUGUUGAAUAUGAAACCGAAAAGGAGAUGCAGCGUGCGUAUAAGGAAGCUCACCAUUCCCUGAUUGAUGAUUCUAAAGUUAUUGUUGAUUACAACAGACAGCAGUUGAUGCCAGGGUGGAUUCCAAGAAGAUUAGGAGGUGGUUUCUGUGGUAAGAAGGAAUCUGGACAGCUUCGUUUUGGAGGAAGAGAAAAACCAUUUCGAGCUCCCCUGCGUCCAAUCCCGUAUGACGAGCUGGAGAGACUUGGGAUCCCACCUCCACUAGAAGGAAGAUACAUGUCACCCUAUCAGGUCCCGUCCCCACCUAGAAGGAAAGGGAGCUCCAUGGAUAGAGAAGAAAGUACCCAUAAAAGGUCCAUGGACAGGGAAGCGAACAUGUGCAAAAAUAGUCCUGUGGAGAACGAAGAAAGGUUUUACAAAAGAUCUAUUGACCCAGAAGACAGUUCUGUAAGGAGAUCAACUGAGACAGAAGAACACUAUCACAACAGGAGCUCGGUUGACAGAGCAGAACGCUCUCACAGGAGCUCUAGGGAUAGGGACGAGCGCUUUCACAGGAGGAUCUCUAGGGAUAGGGAUGAGCAUUGUCACAAAAGGAGCUCGAGGGAUAAGGAUGAGCGUGCUCACAAGCGGCACAAGUCCCGUCACCGUGAGAGGUCCACCAGCCGUGAUCGCUAUUAAGAUUUUCAGGUGGAGGCAGCAAGGGGUAAUGGAAAGACCAAGGAGAGCAGUCACUCAUGAUUUCGUAAGACCCGUCGGGAACUCGAAAGUCACAAUAUUCUCAUGAGCUAGUCGUAAACACAAGCAAAAAGAAUGUCUAAUUUGCUUGACUUUCUCUUCACAAAUUCCCUCUCAACUUCUUCCACCAUCGUCGGUUGAUGGUGUCAAUAUGUAUCACGUUUUGCUCAUUCACAUUUAGAAAUGUAGGGAUCAUGCUAUGUACAACUGUGUGCAUUCAAAUUUAGAACAAGAGCUCAUGGAAUGUAUGAAAAUUCAAGUCCCCGAUUAUUU